GGGUUUUUGGUUGGGAAACACCAGAAUCUUGUUAUUGACCGUGACAAUUUAUGUGCAGUUUUUAAUGUAGAACAAAACAGAUUCUGUGUAUUGUUCCAGGUCCUGAUGUUCAAAAACCUCCCAGUCUGUUUGUUCAAUGCAGCUGAGAGAGAGAGAUGCCUCAGGCCAAGUUUUGAUGAUCUUUGUGACCGGUUUUGUUCUCCUCCUCAGUGAUGUGUAUGCUAGGAGAAGAAGCAGUGAACAGUGAUCUGACUGUCCCAUGUGGGGGAGGGGUGUGAGGCCCUGAAGGCAUUCUUAAUGUUGGAAUACACAUGAUCCAGUGUAUUUUUCCCUCUGGUCGGACAUUUAACAUGCUGUGUGUGUGUCUGUCUGUCUUUCUCUGUGUGCGUGUGUGUGUGUGAUGUAUAAGUACCUGCAGUUGUCCAAGCAGGGUGUUGGUUCUCUCAUUAGGGAACGUCUGAUUUAUGCUCACUAUGGCAGAAGAGAACUCAGCAUAGUGCCGGGUAAUCUACACACACACACACACACACCCACGCACACACACACGCGCACACACUUCACCUGAAUCGUGUCUGCUUACCACACACCCAAAUGAAAUAGUGUAGUGACUUUGCUAUUACUGUGUGUGAUUGUGUGUGUGAGUGUGUGUCAGUGUGUGAGUGUGUGUCUGUGUGUGUCAGUGUGUCUGUGUGUGUGUGUGUGUGUGUGUGUGUGUGUCAGUGUGUGUGUCAGUGUGUGAGCGUGUGUAAGCGUGUGUCUGUGUGCGUGUGUGUGCGUGUGUGUGUGAGAAAGAGAGAAAUACCAGUAAAGAUGCCACUGCGUCAUUCACCUGAUCACUUGCAGAAAAAGUGGCCAAAGUUUGUUCCUGGCAUCUUUGGUGCCUUGGGUUAAGUCUUCAAAAAUUCAGACCUUCCUUUCUUUGAGAAUGGCAGAUGUUCUGGCAUCCCUCCAGAUUUUUAUCUCGGAAGUUGCGUGACAGAAACUGAACGAUGAUGCGACGGCUCACGUGCUCUUCCUCAGAGCGAGGGCUCAGUCUAUGGGCCACAUCAAGUGUGUAAACAAGCUGGUCUACAAUCUCCAGAGACACUUUGCCGAAUAGGUCGAUUAGGAUUUUCCGAACAUCUUCUCCUCUCUAAAUACCGGCCACUCGCAGAUUCCACCUACUUUGAAAAUCUGCCAACACUCCACAAGAGUCUUCCAGACAUCAUGUCCCUCCUUUAUAUUUCCAUCUUAUGGGUCUGUGCCUGUGUGGACAGUGCAGAAUCUCUGGUUACUGUAUCAGCUCCAGUGGGUUCCACAGUCAUCCUGCCGUGUAAACUGACUGAAGACUUCAAACUAACAUCAUUUAUUAGGUGGCAGCUCAAUAAAGACACUGUGUUUGAGAGAAACAGUGAUGUUACAGAUUCAGGUUCAGGAUAUGAAGGACGUGUGGAUGUUCCUGUGGACGAGCUGCUUAAAGGAAACUGUUCCCUGGUGUUGAAGAACGUCAGAUUUACUGAUGACAAAAUCUACAAAAUCUUUACAAUGGUACAUGUGGACACUAACACUAAGGAAGCAAAAGAAAUUAACAGCGUUAGACUCUCAGUCGAUGGUCUUCAGAUAUCAGCUCCAGUGGGUUCCACAGUUGCCCUGCCGUGUAAUUGGAGUCAUCUGUCCAUCAAAACACCUGACGUUAAGUGGUUUAUUGAUUCUGAGACUGUGUUUGAGCGAAAGGGUAAAGAUCCAUAUCAGGGUGAAGGAUAUGAGGGUCGUGUGGACGUUCCUGAGGACGAGCUGCUUAAAGGAAACUGUUCCCUGGUGAUGAAGAACAUCAGUGUUAAUGAUACAAGAAUCUACAGCAGCUCCAUGUUAAUUACAGACACACAGGAAUCUGUCUUGGUCCAGAAGGUUAAACUGUCAGUUGUUGAGGACAGUGUUAAUGAGAGAGGAUCUUCAUCAGAGGAUUCAGACUCACACCAGACUGGAGGGAACAACUGGAUUAUUUUAUAUGUUGUGAUCGUAAUCUUCAUCAUCAUCAUCAUCAUCUGUGUGUCUGUGUACUACAGCAGGGUGAAAGGAUAAAACUGGUUAAAAUUGUAGGUUUAAUGUCUGAAAGAAUUAACAAUGAACAACUUCUCAGGGAUUUUAAUGAGAUCUGGCAUCACAGAAAGAGAGAAGAUCCUACAGGAUGAGGAAAAGAAAGUAAUGCAGUGUGGACGAUGUUCAAUUGUCUUCUUAUUUAAAGCCAGUCAGAAUUUCAUGAUAUUUAUCAUCUGUUUCAACAUGAAGAUCCUCAGCCCAUAAUUACACCUGACACUAAAAUGUGUUUAUUCCUCAAACUGUGCCUUUAAAGCUGGAAACACACAAUUACAUAUGAUGUGUUUUAUGCUGUAUGUAGAAGUGAUGACUCUGAAAUGUUCAGUCCUUUAAAUCUGAUAACUCUGUUUAGAGAGAAAGGAGAGUUACAGCUACUAACUUUAAUGUUAAUGAACUUUAAACAUGGGAACAGUU